GGAUCGCAGACGACAGGAUCGCAGACGACAGGAUCGCAGACGACAGGAUCGCAGACGACAGGAUCGCAGACGACAGGGCCACAGACGACCGGUGCAAGCAACACCCGCAGUGACGCUAGGACGACUACCAGUCACUCAGACAGAAGCGAAUCCGAUCGCAGCACCACGGCCACCAGGUCGAGAACACAGUCCGGCGACAGCACCUUCUCUGCGACGGACUCGACCAGGGUGACGGCCCCCAGCGGCGGAACGACCAGCGGCGCGACCCGAUCCGCCACCUCCACCUUCACCUUUACGCAUAGCGCCUCCACAGGGACGGACGCGUCGACGGAGACCGGGGGCAGCGAGACGAUCAGCGCGACCGGUGGCGAGAGCACUGCAAGUGCUACCGGCACCACCGCCGGAGGUCCGUACUCAGGAACGGAUACCACGCAGACUGCAACCGACUCUGCCGGAGCAACACCCACCGAGAAUGGGGAGGCGCCUCUCGCCACUGGUGCUGCGAUGACCCUGAAGGUGCCGUCGCAUUGGAGUGCAUUGGCGUCGAUUAUUGCAUUGAUUGCUCUCCUAGUCUAG